CAAACUGAAAGUCAUCCAUGUGGGAUCCAACACCUUAAAUACCAUAGCACCUGCUGGCCCGUAAGUCUUUGAUUUUAAUCAGCGCCAAGUGAAGUGUCUACUUACUAAUCUUUUAUGUCAUUGAGAACUUGUCUUUGACAUCAUAGCUGUUACAUAGCAACCUUGACCUUUGACCUAAGCCGGCCAUGAGCUCCUGAGUCCUGUGGGGUGUAGGGCGUAGGCUGAGGGUAGGGAGCACUGUGCAUCCUCUCCCCAAGAAAUACCUUGGGGGCCCUUUACAAAGGAAGAGGACUCUCUUGCUGGUAAAGGUUCGGAUUCUAAAGGGCAUUCUGGCUUGUGUCUUCAUGACUUCUCAGUUUUGUUUAAAAUCCCUUGCACAUGGAGUGUUUCACCCUUUACCUAAUGUUUUCAUGUACAGUGUAUCAUUUGAUGUUCAAAGUGACCUUCCUAAAAUAGGCAAGGAGGUCUUAAUUUACAAAGGAAGAGAGAGAAAUAGAAAUUUAGGAGGGGUAAGUUACUUGCUCCUAGUCCAGAGUUCUUAAUCCUUUUUAUAGGUUUAGAGCAUUCAGCAUAAAGAACUCAAGUUAGUUACCUGAACAUGAUCCGGAUUAAUCCUCUUCUUUUAGAUUGUUUUUUAUUUGGCCAGAUUUAACUAAAGAAAGGGUUUCAAAACCCUUUGACUUAGGAGGCUGUCUCAUGUCGAAAGAAGUAAGUUAUGAUGUCAUAGAUGGUGUCUCUGGAUACCAUGGCGGGAUCCUGGCCAAGGGUGGUGAAAUGCCUACCAAGACUUCAGCCACUGGUUUCGUCUUUGGCUUGCUGUUGGCCUCCUACCUGCCUUUGGUGACAACUUCACCUAACACCCUGGCCAUCCCUAAGAAGCUGCAAGAGGCUGUGGGGCAAGUUAUUGUAAGUGCCACGCCCUGUACUGUCACCUGUGGGCUUGGCUAUAAAGAAGAGACCGUCUGUGAGGUGGGCCCUGAUGGAGUGAGGAGGAAGUGUAAGUCUCAGCGCCUGGAGUGUCUCACCAACUGGAUCUGUGGCAUGCUCCAUUUCACCGUGCUUGUUGGGCAGGAAUUCGAGCUUAGCUGUCUGAGCGCAGAAAUCCUGGAGGUAGGGCAGGAGGCUUUCCGGUUCACCUGGAGACUUGCUCGGGGUAUCAUCUCCACUGAUGAUGAGGUCUUCAAACCCUUCCGAGUCAAUUCCCACUUCGUGAGGUUUCAGUCUGCUCAGGAGUAUGACUCCGGGACCUAUCGGUGUGACGUACAGCUGUUAAAAAAUCUGAGACUUGUCAAGAGACUCUAUUUUGGCCUGAGGGUCCUUUCUCCUCACUUAGUGAACCUGAAUUUUGAUCAGUCCCUUACUGAGGAUCAGAAGUUAGUAGAUGAGGGCUUGGAAGUUAACCUGGAUAGCCAUGUCAAGCCUCCCCUCUCAAAGUGGAAAAAGAAGGUGGCAUCAGCCUUGGUCCUAGGAGUUACCAGUGGGGUGGUGGGUGGGGUGCUUCUGAGCGUCCCCCUCUGCUGUGUGCUGAGGGGGGUCUGCAGCAAUGACAGCCUGAAGAGCCUGAAGGACUGGCUGGCCAAGAGGCAAGGCUGGCCGCCCAUGUGGCCACACUCGGUUUUCAGGAGUGUUCCGGGUUGGCUAAGAGCGAGGGCUCCCACUACCAAAAGAAUGAGUGGGUAAUGUGUAAGUGGCAACCUUGUGACCGCCAUGGACAAUAAUCCCUAACUUCUUCAUGGCCGAGACGGGUCUCUUCCUGAUUCCAGGAAACAGCCGCUGUCACCUCUGUUCCUGAAAGAGUCCUGUCUUCCAAGUGUGCCCGUGUUCUACUGUUUCCAGCUCCAGGCCUCCCCACCUCCGCCCCGUCUUCUGAGCAGUAUUUACAUGUAGAAGGAUGGAUUAGUGGUUUUUCUAUUGAAAUGUUUUUUCCUCUUCAAUAAAAAUACUUCAGUUCUAGUAGCUAGAUGGAGACCUAACUUUUUUUUUUUAAGAAUUAUUU